AUGGUCGUGUCGUUCACUGUAUACAAGUCGUCCAAGUACCUUUUUGACUGUAUAGGCACAACGGAUGUCGAUCAGUCACAGCAGCUGUACCGGACAGUAGAUGCACCGACACUGGAAGCGCUUCGACUGAAUGCAGUGGACGUGGUCAAGCGCAUGGACUACGCGGAAGUGGACAAGAUGAUUGCGACCUGUCGACAGCAUCCUCCACAGACGGUCGUUGUGCCAGCAACACACGGCGACAGUGGACCUUUCCGGGAGUUUACCAAGUACCUGAAAGCUCGACAGCGGGCUGGAGUGGCGUUGCUGGCAGACGGACGGCUUCUGAUCCUCUCGCCGCUGGAAAAGGAAGACUUGCAGCUACGCUGCGUGGUUGCAAAUGCGAAGCCUUUGGCGGAUGCUUCUGGUACUGCCUCACUGUCUCCUGCAAGAACGACUCGUGUCAACGACGCAGCACGUGUUCAGCACUCGCAUACAGAGACCCGAAAUCAAGCUAUCGAUGCUUUGCCACUUCCACCGCCUUGUUUAAAGUCUGCGGGGCAUCGGCAAGAUCGCGUUGGCUCUCGCAACCGCAUCAGUGCACAGCAAGAGAAGAAAUCGGAUAUGAGGCAACAUGAGCCAUGUAGGGAGCAGAACCAAUCUAGCCAGGCCGGAGUUCGAGCGCCAACACGCACACCUGAUGAAGGAUCAGCUAUGCUUUACGACUUACCACGGCUUGAGCGAGCUACACAGAUUGCCCAAUUUCGACGAGAGUACGACGCUUUCCACACGCUCCAUUACGAUGUCCUGCAGCAAUGGAGCAAGUCGAAUCCUGAUAGAUGA